CGAGUUGCCUAGAUCAUCUUCAGAGUAUGAAGCAUGCAGACGACAGUCAUUUAGUAGAUGAUUGAACCAGAUUUCACGUCCAUAGAAGACUUUCAAACACCGAAUAAAAUCAGUGGCAUCGAAAGACAAUUAUCUAAGAUUACGUUUUCCCUUGUCUUAGCCCUCCAGAUCACAUCAUCACAGCUUUAUCAUGUCAGAGACUGCCACAUUGUCAGACUCCAAGGCGAGAACCGUAACUCUUCACAACGGGCAAGUUUUUAGCUUCAACUCCAACACCUCGACAAGCCUAGAAAAGAUUCCAGUCAUCGAUGCGUCAGGGAUAUGGAGUGAUGAGCUCGAGGAUCGAACAGCUGUGGCCGAAAAAAUACGAGAGGCCUCUAGGGACAUUGGCUUCUUCUACUUGGUCAAUCAUGGGAUUGACUCAAAGUUCGCAGACUUGACAAUGACCGAAGCGAGACGCUUCUUUGCCUUGCCGGAGGAGAAGAAGAUGGAGGUCUUUACCGGCCUUGUCCCCAACGAGUACGUUGGCUUCCAUCCGAUGGGAUGCUAUAACCGCAAUGGGUGGAAGCACCAAGAUUUGAGCGAGGCUUUCAACUGGGCUUAUGACGCCCAGAAAGACCCCGAAUCAGUUGACAAAUCGGAAAGGUCUGUCAGCAUCUGGCCUACCGACCUACCUGGUUUCCGGGAUAACCUCUACGCCUACUAUACAGAGCUUCUCCGGCUCUCACGCCGGCUAACUCGGAUCUUUGCACUGGCUCUCCACCUACCCGAAGAUUACUUUGAUGAAUACGUCAAGCAUCCAGAGGCGGGGAUGCGCAUUCUCCACUACCCAGAGCAAAAGCACUCAGUAGACGAGCAGAAUGGCAUCGGCGCGCACACUGACGUCGAGUGCUUCACCAUUGUCACUCAAGAUACAUCCGGCGGUCUCGAGGUUCUCAGUAAAUCGGGAAUCUGGGUCAAGGCGGAUCCUAUGCCCGGGUCUUUCGUCGUCAACAUUGCCGACUGCUUCAUGCGACAGACGAACGACUUUUUUGUGUCAACAAUCCAUCGGGUCAUCAACAAAAGUGGUAAUGAGAGGUAUUCUGCGCCGUUCUUUUUUGGGUUUGAUAGAGCGAAGGUGUUGGAGCCUGUGCCAACAUGCGUGAGUGAGAGUAAUCCCAUGAAAUAUCCGGUCAUGACUGGGGGAGAAUACUAUGCCUGGCGCACGAACAGGCAAAAGAAUGGUGGUACUUCGAGUUCGAAGGCUGAAUCGUCAUAAUAGUUCUCCGUAUUUGUAUCCAUGAUCUGACUUUGACUCCAUUCAAGGUGAUAUCAACAAAUACUUGUGCGCUUAGCCACAUAUACGUCUCGUUUGACGUUCCGUAUGGCCAAGUAAAACUGCUCAGCAAGCUAGUCGC